CGUCCGAAUCACCACUGAAAUUUCUGAAUGCCGCAGCCAAGCUGAGACACAUUGAAAAGGAUGCAGAAUGCUGGGGUAGCACAAAUUACAUCCCAUCAUGAUGGAUGACCUCAUCGCUACCAACAGUAGACACCAGCCUUUAUGAUUUGUCUUCCGAAGAAGCUGCGUUCUUUAAAGCGCAAAUCGGCAUCGACGACGACGAAGACUUGAAGAGGCAUAUCCUGGAGGUGCAGGCGAAAGCAUACAAGAUUGCACCGUAUCCUUGUAUUCACGGAUUUGUCUUUCUUCGCCUCAACAUAUCGACUUUUCCUGUGUACGAACACAUCCUGAAGCUCGGCCGUGAGCGCCCCGAUGCCGUGUUACUCGACCUUGGCUGUUGUUUCGGUGUUGAUGCCAGAAAGGCUGCAGCAGAUGGUUUUCCUGCGAAAAAUAUCAUUGCUUCAGAUAUCAUCAACGAGUUCCUCGAGCUCAGCCACGAACUUUUCAGAACGACACCAACUUCUUACCCGGGAUGCCUCCUUCCCGGAGAUGUCUUCGAUCCAGAAUUUCUUCCAAUAGCUGCGCAGCCGAACGACGUCUCUUCGGCCCCAGCUAUCGAUGUGUCCUCGUUGAAAUCCCUCAAUCCCCUUCAUGGCCGCAUUAGUGCAAUCAGUGCUACAAGGCUUUUCCAUCUUUUCACUGAGGAUAAACAAUUGCAUCUUGCCAGAGCUCUCGCGGGUCUGUUAUCUGCGCAGCCAGGUUCAGUUAUCUGUGGUUCUCAGGUCGGAAAUCUAGAAAAAGGCAUGGUAACUGCCAAUAUAUCGGGCUCUGAGCAUCGGUUAUACGCUCAUUCUCCCCAAAGUUGGACAUCUUUAUGGGAUGGUGAGGUAUUCGAAAAGGGCAGUGUAAAGGUAGAAACGGAGUUAGAGGAAGUUGCGAUUCAUGAGAUACAGUUUUUCAUGAUGAGGUGGUCAGUGAUGAGAUUGUAGACACACAUCGCAAUCGAUUUGAGGAAGUGGGGAUUAAUCUAGUCAUAGCUCAUGUAUUACAGUUUCGUACGACUCCCAAGGACAAGGGAAUCAGCAAGUUUCUGUAGAACUGAAUGUUCACCUCCGUUGUGCUGAUUUCAAUAAUGCACCAACUAAAUUCCCUCCGUCCACUUAUACCCAUCCCUCGAAUAUGACCAGAGAUUUAAACUGUU